AUGGAGUCAAUUUUAAAAAAUCUGACAUUUUUCGCGGAGGAAAAUAUAACCAUUAGUUUUCGUAACAAAUCGGAUAACAUAUCGGAGACGGUUCAAAGUAAACCAUGCAAAAGUAGAUAUUCUAGUUUGGACGAAAUAGCGGACUGCUUCUUUCCUGAACCGGAAGAAUGGGUUCUGAUUGCUGGAUAUGUUAUUACAUUCAUUGUUGGAGUUCUUGGAAAUGUUCUGGUUUGUUUUUCCGUUUGGCGGAACCGCGAAAUGCGGACAACUAAGAACAUAUUUAUGGUGAACUUGUCCGUUGCGGAUUUAACGGUUCUCCUUUUAUUACUACCAACAACACUGGUCGCUGAUGUUACUGAAACAUGGCUUAUUGGAACAACAAUGUGUAAACUAAGCAUUUCCCUUGGGACCAUGUGUAUAUCAGUUUCAAUCUUAACCCUUUGUGCUAUCUCAAUAGAGCGAUGGUACGCCAUUUGUCGGCCUCUCAGUUUCCAUAGCAGUUUCCAAAGAGCCCGCAUCAUCAUUGCAGCUAUUUGGGCUGUUUCCAUGUGCGUGGCCUUGCCCGAGUUCCUGGCCUUAACUGUUACACCAUAUCGGCUAGACACAGUCUUCAGAACAAUGUGUUUUCCGGCCUUGUGGAAGCUAGAUAUGAUAGCCCUGUUCCAGAUCUGCCUGAUGGUGUGCCUCUAUUUCAUACCACUUGGUCUGAUGGCCUGCCUGUACACCCACAUAGCUGUCGUGCUCUGGAAGAAACGAAUACCUGGAACAGCAAAUCUGCGUCUGAGGGCAACGACUUCCAAUAGCCAUUCCCAGGAGAAUAAUACCUGCAGACUUACUGGCCCGAAGAAAGCGAAGAUGUUGGGGGCCAUUGUGACAGUGUUUGCUCUAUGUUUCCUGCCUAACCACACACUCAACAUCCUCAGAUACACGAAACAAUUAAAGGCAGUCCCGAAUCUGCGGAUGAUCGCUCUCAUAUCUCACUGGUGCAUGUUUUUCAACAGCUGCAUCAACCCCAUCAUCUAUAACUUCAUGAGCGAUAAAUUCCGAAGUGAGUUCCGUGUCGCAACAGCUCUCUGUUGUUUACGUGGCAGAACCAGAAGGCUGAGCGUAUCCAGAGAGGUGUACCGCAUGACGACGCUCUACACGAGAAAUGCCACCGGUCAAAACAGCAAAACAACAUCACGUAUAACAAAAGACAAUCCAUGA